CUUCGACUUUAGUCGAUAUCGCCAUUCCUCAGCACCAGAAUGGCUUCGGAGGACGAUACCAAUGGCGAAGGUCCCUUUUCGAACCCAUUGUUUCAGGAUGAAGGACCUUUGAAGGACCCUCAAGAGCGGCGCACCAUCUUCGCUGCCCUGGACUCGUUCUACCAGUACCGCAAGAACACGCACUACAACACCACCCAUCGACGGCGUCAAAACCUCUACGCGCUCCCCUCAGCACAAUGGCAGAUGCUAGCCAAUCCUCCAUUCUCACUUCUCGACACACUGACUGCCAUUGACGACGCCAUCGACCACAAUGCCGACCUGGCCGACGAAAUCCUCCGCGUGGGACUGGCCUCAUUUGGUCUGGAAGAGAAGCCACCUCCUACUACUGCGAGUAACGUAGACCUGAACUGGCAGGGCAAGGCCAAGCCCAACGAUCUAUCCAAGGCUCAUUCCACCAUCCGCCAAUUCUACCGUGACUGGUCACAUGAAGGCUUCACCCUCGAAGUCAAGCCACUCCUCGACACGAUAUGGUCGGACCUUUCAGCCCAUCUUCCGAUUAUUGGAGGGCCACCAAGUCUUUGCAAUGCACCAGACCUGCUCCUUCCCGGCGCCGGGCUAGGCCGACUGGUCUUCGAACUGUCCCGACUCGGCUACAAUGCCACAGGGAACGAAAUCUCUUACCACCAACUGCUCGCCAGCAACUUCAUCCUCAACUGCGCGCAACACGCAGACCAAUACCCCAUCUACCCCUUCGCCAACACCUUUACCAACAUCACAUCCCGCCAAAACCAAUUGAAACGCCACACGAUUCCCGACGUCCACCCAGCCACCGCCAUCUCAUCACGGCUCGACGCCGGCCAGCCCGUUGGCGAAAUGAACAUGACAGCCGGAGACUUCAUUCUAUCCUACUCGACGCCCGAAUGCAAAGAGACUUUCGACGGCGUCGUCAGCGUCUUCUUCAUCGACACAGCCCCCAAUCUGAUCCGCUACGUCGAAACCGUCUGGAACUGUCUCAAGCCCGGUGGUAUCUGGAUCAACAUCGGCCCACUGCUGUGGCACUUUGACGACCGCGUCCACGGCGGUGACAAGGCUGACGCUGACGGAGACCCAGGUGACCUAAACGACGAAGACAAAGGCAUCGCCGAGCCCGGAGCCUUCGAACUAUCCAACGAUGAAGUCGUCCAGCUUGUCGCGCGGCUAGGCUUCGAAGUCGUCCGCCACGAAAUCCUGGGCCACGACCAUCCAGCUGACUAUCCAGCAUUCCGGUCCGGCCUCGGGUACAUGCAAGACCCAUCUAGUCUCCUGCAGAAUCGGUAUCGCUGUAGCCACUGGGCUGCGCGGAAAGUCAAAGUCUGAUCGUCCAGGCCGGUAUGCCUUCGUGGCCCAGUCACAUUCAACCCAAUGACAAGGACAAUGACGAGAGACAAUGAGAUUGGCAUUCUGGAUGGAGGACCAGAAUACCCCGUCUGCCCUCGUCUCUCCCCGUUCAGCUGGCAAGUCUUAAUCGAGUCCUCCAUCCUCAGACACAGGGGCCCGCUACACCCGCCCUGCGUAGACUCCUCCGCUCCAGAACGUUCUUCACCUCAUCGAGUCUGUACAACCCGGAGUCUCAGUUUUGGCAACCCCAGGAGUCAGGUGUUUCUCAGUAAACAUAGACCUCAUAAUGGUCUACAACGAGUCAAUGCCGAGAUCAUCACAAUAAAAGCAGCUGAAUCCAUCCAACAAAAGUCGCCGACUUGAAGAGAACAACUUCUCUAUGUCAUCCCAGUGUGCUCUUCUUCCUUACCUCUUACCUCUUACUGUUUGUCCGCCCCUGUGAUGUUCACUAUGCACGGCACACAUACCUAGGUAUAAAUAUCGGUCAAAGAUUC